UUUGAAGGAAAAUCCAAAGUAAAAAAAUCAAGCAAUGGCAAGAUCACAAAAGCUAACAGUCAACAAAAAUCGGUAGGAUCUGCAACCAGUAAACUUCAGCAAAUACUGCCUCAGAUCAAGGCGUCCCCAAAACAAUUAAAGGAAUCAAAAGAAAAGAAGAACUCAAAGGAGAAAAAGUCUAAGAAAAUGUCAAAGGAAAAAUAUUCCAAAAAAAGUAAAGAACACAAAAACAAGGCACUCUCAAAGGAGAAAAAGAAUUCUAAAGGGAGCAAAGAGAAAAAAAGAAAGGGACAUUCAAAAGAAAAACACUCUAAAGAGAGCAAGGAGAACUCCAAGGAAAAGGGACAUUCAAAGGAAAAACAUUCUAAAGAGAGCAAGGAGCACUCCAAGGAAAAGGGAAAUUCAAAGGAAAAACAUUCUAAAGAGAGCAAGGAGAACUCCAAUGAAAAGGGGAAUUCAAAGGAAGAACACUCAAAAGAGAGCAAGGAGAACUCCAAGGAAAAGGGACAUUCAAAGGCAAAACACUCUAAAGAGAGCAAGGAGUACUCCAAGGAAAAGGGACAUUCAAAGGAAAAACACUCUAAAGAGAGCAAGGAGAACUCCAAGGAAAAGGGACAUUCAAAGGAAGAACACUCAAAAGAGAGCAAGGAGAACUCCAAGGAAAAGGGGAAUUCAAAGGCAAAACAUUCUAAAGAGAGCAAGGAGUACUCCAAGGAAAAGGGACAUUCAAAGGCAAAACACUCUAAAGAGAGCAAGGAGCACUCCAAGGAAAAGGGACAUUCAAAGGAAAAACAUUCUAAAGAGAGUAAGGAGCACUCCAAGGAAAAGGGACAUUCAAAGGAAAAACACUCUAAAGAGAGCAAGGAGAACUCCAAGGAAAUGGGGAAUUCAAAGGAAAAACACUCUAAAGAGAGUAAGGAGCACUCCAAGGAAAAGGGGAAUUCAAAGGAAAAACACUCUAAAGAGAGCAAGGAAUACAACAAAAAACAUUCAAAGGAGAAGAGCUCACAUUCAAAGGAAACCAAAGAAGUCAAGCUUAUUCCAAAGAAAGAGGUAAAGACACACAAAGAACUGCUUUGUGAAUGGAAGACUAAGACUAUCAAGUGUGACGCAGGGGAGACAGUUAAGAUCAUCUCGGCCUUUUAUGGUCGUAAAUCGAGGUCAGUGUGCCCCCAUAGCAAGAUAGGUAAUCUGAAUUGUAAAUCCAAAUCUUCCAUGGUGAAGGUGAAAGAAGCUUGUGAUGGAAGGAAUACAUGUGUCCUCUCGGCCUUUAACUCAAUUUUCGGAGAUCCCUGUGGAGGAACAUUCAAAUAUCUGGAAGUCCAGUAUGUCUGUAUCAAGACUGGACACUCAAAGGAAAAAAAGAAUUCUAAAAAGAGUAAAGAGAAGCAUUCUAAAGAGAAGUCACAUUCCAAGAGCUCCGAAUCCAAGGAAAAGAAACACUCCAAGGAGAGCAAAGAAACCAAGAUGAUUCCAAAGAAAGAGGUGAAGACUCAUACAGAAGUGCAUUGUGAAGGGAGGAUGAAGACUAUCAAGUGUGACGCAGGGGAGACAAUUAAAAUAAUAUCAGCUGCUUACGGUCGUAAAUCGAGGUCAGUGUGCCCUCAUAGGCAUAUGAGGAAUCUAAAUUGUGAAUCCAAGUCUUCCAUGGUGAAAGUGAAAGAAGCGUGCGAUGGAAGGGAUACAUGUGUCCUCGCUGCCUCUAACUCAGUUUUCGGAGAUCCCUGUAGGGGAACAUACAAAUAUCUGACAGUCCAAUAUGCAUGCAUUAAUACUGGAGUUCGAUAUGUCCCUAUUAAAACUCCGAAACAGAGAGGUCGCUAUGUAUACACUCACCUAAACAAGUACGGCUACAACGUCGGGGAUACGAAGACAUUCGAGUUCGAAGUGAAAGCCUGUAAUGACGCACACGUCGCAUUGAUGGGAAAAACUGGUGAAAAUGGAAAAGUUUAUGAAAUUGUCAUCGGAGGGUGGUCAAACACGCUAUCCGUAAUCCGAUCGCGAAAACAAGGUCCUAACCUAUAUUCUGGUCGAGGAAGACAACUGGAAUGCCGUCAAUAUAGAAAGUUCAAGGUCAUAUGGAAUAAUGGAAUAAUAGUGGUACAGAGCUAUGUCGGCAAUGUUUGGAGAGCAUUUUUGAUUUGGAGAGAUCCAUCCCCAAUGGAAAUAUUUUCUGUCGGAGUCAGUACUGGUUUAUGGGCAACUGGUGAAUGGAGGAUUGCUAUAAAAGAUGAUGAUACCUGCAACGGUAGAAAGUGCCAUGCUAAUGCUGUUUGUACACAUGGACGAUGUACGUGUACUCGUGGGUUUUAUGGCGAUGGAUAUAACAGCUGUGAAAAAUCCUGUUUAUGUAUGGCGUCAGGUGACCCUCAUUACAAGACUUUUGACGGUCAGAUGAUUCACUUUAUGGGUACGUGUAAAUACACAUUGACUCGCUCACUUGAUCGGAAAUCAAAAUGUGCCUUCAACGUUGAGGUUAAGAACGAGAGAAGGGGUCGGAACACACGUGUGUCCUUCACUCGCUUCGUGGACGUGGAAAUAUACGGCAAGAAAAUUCGUCUACAACAGAACAAGAAAGUCUAUAUUGACGCCGAAAAACGUUACCUGCCGGUAGAUGAUUUCAAUGGUCAACUAAAAGUGACCUCCAGCGGCCGGUACGUUCAAAUAUGGACAGCAUGCGGACUUUUGGUCAAUUUUGACGGUGUGCAUGCAGUCAGCGUGGUGGUACCAGCAACCUUCAAAAACAACAUGACUGGGUUAUGUGGCGAUUGUGAUGGGAAAAUGAACGACUUCAAGACACGUGACGGACGUGACGUCACCAAUGAAAGAUCGCGGUACAAUCUUAUUGGAAACAGUUUUAAAGUUGAAGAAUCAGGCCCUUCGUCAAAUUCAAGGUGUGUUCCUGUGGUCCAAGACACCCCGGAAUGUGACCCAUCAUUAGCCAAUCGUCUUAACAAACGUGAAUACUGUGGUGAGAUCACAGAGAAGACCGGACGGUUUGCAAAGUGCAUAAGCAGAUUUCCUAUUCAAGCCAAAGGUUUUUUCGACAGUUGCGUAUUUGAUCUUUGUUCAUUCCAAGGGGAACCACACAAGAUGGCAAAGGUUAGGUGCAAUGCUGUUGAAGCAUUUGCAGAGGAGUGUGAAGAAAAUGGCAUUAUUGUGAAAUGGAGGAGUAAGGAAUUUUGUCCACUUACAUGUGACGACCCAAAUAUGGUGUACAAGGCCAAUGCCUCAGGAUGUCCCUCAACGUGUGUUGAUCCCGAGGCACCAUCUAGCUGUACCCUAGAACCACGUGAAGGAUGUGAGUGCAAAGAUGGAUAUGCCCUUAGUGAUGGCAAGUGCAUCUCUCUAAGCCAGUGUGGUUGUGUAGACUCAGAAGGUGCAUACCUCCCAUUGCAUGCACGGAAACGUUCCCGGGAUUGUGGUACAGAUUACUUGUGUAGCCGAAUUGGACUCAACAGUAAGUUAGUUCCAGUACGGUCUAGUCAAAAGUGUCACAGGAGAGCUCAGUGUGCACUCGACAGUAGUGGAGAACGUAGGUGUGUUUGUAACCCUGGUUACGAAGGAGAUGGCUACAACAACUGCAAUCCUUUGUGUGGAAUGAAGUACAAAUGCCAUGCUCAAGCCAAGUGUCGUAAUGGCAGGUGUAAAUGUAACCGUGGGUUGUCUGGUGACGGCGUUAGAGAAUGUAAAGAGAUGUGCACGUGUUCCGCUAGUGGCGAUCCUCACUAUAGGACAUAUGACGGUCAGAUGAUCCACUUUAUGGGAGUGUGUAAGUAUACUCUGACGGAGACAACGAAGGAGAAAGAUCCUUGCAAAAUCUCGGUCUUAGUGUCUAACGAACGUCGCGGUAGGAACAGAAGAGUGUCCUUCACUAAGUCAGUCAUCGUUAAUGUGUACGGCACGAGAGUUGUCAUGAAGAAGGACAGACAUGUUUUCAUCGACGGUCAACAAAAAUACUUACCUAUUAGGGAGAAGAGCGGAAACUUGACCAUAUUCAACAGUGGGAGAUAUGUGCGUCUUACGACCGCUUGUGGACACAGAGUAUCAUGGGACGGAAAAUCUGUUGCUCGUGUCUCUGUUCCAAAGUCAUACGAGCGAAAAUUGACCGGUAUUUGUGGAGACUGCAACGGUAAGAGGGAUGACUAUAAGACUAGGACCGGACAGGAUGUCUCCAAGGAUAAAAGAAAAUACUCCAUGAUUGGGAAAAGCUAUACUAAGGGACGACGGUUUACCGACGGAUCGGACAGCUGUGUCACAACUGAGGACGAUGUUAAAUGUUCUAAAGCUAUGGCGCAGAGUGCUUCAAAGGGAGACCAAUGUGGUUUUAUUAAUCCCAAAUUUGGAAAGUUGUCUCCCUUCAACGACUGUAUUAAGGAAAACCCGGGUAUGGCUGCUGAACUCUUCAACGCAUGCGAAUUUGAUGUUUGUGCUUACUUCGACGACCCGACUACCAGACAAGAUGCUAUAUGCAGAUCAAUGGAGGCUCUUGAAGCAGAAUGUGAAAUGAGAGGAUUCAACGUAAAAUGGAGAAGUUCAAAUUUCUGUCCGAUAACUUGUCCGAAGAACAUGCGUUAUAGCGCUGCCGUAUCAGGAUGUCCUGCCACGUGUAUGAUGCCGAAUUCCGAGCACAACUGUGUAUUGGAGGAUACUGAAGGAUGUGAAUGUCUUCCUGGUUUCCUCCUCAGUGGUACAGAGUGUGUUCCUCAAGAGAAGUGUGGCUGUCUCACACCUAAGGGUGACUAUUUCCCGCUUGGAACCACAUUUGUGUCUGAAGACUGCACUACGGUGACUAAGUGCACCAAUGAGAAUGGCGAAGCGAUACUGGAGCGUGUUGCCAUCAAUCGGCGGUGUCACAAGGACGGCAUGUGUGGGUUGGUUGAAGGACGUCCUCAGUGCACGUGCAAGGAUGGUUUCCAUGGUGACGGAAUAAAGUCAUGUCUGCCCAUGUGUGGGGGACGUUACAAGUGUCAUGAGGACGCAACAUGCCAAAACGGAGAAUGUGUCUGUAAGUCAGGAAAAUACGGCGACGGAAUCAAUAUGUGUUAUGAUACAUGCGUUUGCUCUGCUUCUGGCGAUCCCCAUUAUCACCUGUUCGACGGUCAAACAGUCCAUUUUAUGGGAAUAUGUAAAUAUUCAUUGUCUAAAUUGAGCGGCAACGAGACGUGUGCAUUUGAUGUCCAAGUUAAAAAUGAACAUCGUAACAAUCUCAAACAUGUGUCUUUCACUCGAAUGGUGGAUAUAAAAAUUGGCCAGGUCUCUGUCAAACUCCUGAAGGGGAGAAAAUUACAGGUUGAUGACGUGCUAGUGUAUACUCCAUAUGAAGAUACCAAAGGACGAUUCGCAGUUGUAACCAAGGGCAGAUACAUCACGUUGAUCAGCAGAUGUGGCCUCGUUGUUACGUAUGACGGCAUUCAUGCUGUUAGUGUUGUGGUACCACGUGACUUUGGAGAAAAUCUUACUGGAAUCUGUGGAAACUGUAAUGGGAAAAAAGAUGACUUUAAAACUAAAAAUGGUCGUGAUGUUUCGAAGAGUCCAAACAAGUUCCAACGCAUAGGGAACAGCUACGAAGUGACAGAUACUUCUGACGGAGCAGAUAAAAGUUGUAAAACCGAGGAAGUGAUAACGACUUGUACAAAGGAAUGGGAAAGGCGUGUCAAAUCAAAAGACUUUUGUGGGAAAAUUCUUGACAAAAAGGGUUUGUUUGGUCAUUGUGUGAAAAAACAGCCAAAAUCCGCUUUGUCCUUCUUCGCUUCCUGUUGGAUGGACCUUUGUGCUACACAAGGUGACGAAGUACUUGCUAUGAAGCUGAUGUGUCAGUCUCUGGAGGCGUUUGGAGACAAUUGCCAGGUCAACGGUCUGAUCAAUAGGCCAUGGAGAACAAUGAACCUAUGUCCCCUACAAUGCUCCACAUUUGAGGUGUACAGUCCAGCCAUUGUGGGUAAUCCACGUACCUGUGAGGAUCCGGACGCGUCUGCGUCCUACCCUCUCGCUCCAGUGGAGGGAUGUACAUGUAGGGAAGGUUACGUUUUGAGUGGAGACACAUGUGUCAGACAGAGGGACUGUGGAUGUUUCUAUAACAGGGAGUAUUUUCCACUGAAUGGGACGGGACCUUUGACAAAUUGUGACCAAGUACAGAAAUGUGUUAUCAAGGACGGCUUAAACCUUAUGGAAGUCGCAGAGAGACGUCUUAACUGUCGCAAGAAUGCUGAAUGUAGAAAUGUAGAUGGGGUUUACAAGUGUCAGUGUUUGGAAGGUUUUACGGGAAACAAUGACACCGGCUGUAAGGAAACUAAAGUUAAGAAACCAACAUCACGAAAACCUAUAACUGAACCAACACCCAAACCAACAGACAAGCAAACACCAACACAAACGGACAAACCCACUCCAAAACCAACGGACAAAACCACUCCAAAUCCAACGGACAAAUCCACUCCAAAACCAACGGACAAACCCACUAAAAAACCAACGGACGAAUCCGCUCCAAAACCAACGGACAAUGCGCAAACACUGAAAACAAUUCGUCCUUCCCUUCCAUCAGCGCCACCAGUGACGACGAAACAGAUAUCAACUCCAAAGCCUAAACCGCCAUCAAGACGACCACAGUAUGUUCCCUACAACCAGUGCGAAAUAAGCAUGACUCACCGAUCGUGUGGCAGUUCACUAACACUGACGGGAGCCUGUCGUUACAGGUCCCAGUUUACUAACCAGUGUCGUUACUCUGUUCUCAUGCUCAAGUUGGGAACAAAAAUAUUCGCUAAGGUAUCCAUCAACAGAAGGGUGCGUAUCCUACGGCAUGGCAGGAGUUUCAGAGAUUGUGCAUCAUUUAAAAUGAUCAACUCCACUAUCACUAUUACAGACAACGUCUGCGAGAAGUGUACAUUAGAAUUCAUCAGGAAUCUGACUCCUCGAAACUCUUGUAGAGCUCCAUAA